AUGGAUUCUAAAGUUUAUGAUGAAGAAUAAAUAGGUGAAAUUUAAGAAAUUAAUGAUUAAAAGCCAAAGUUAACAAUUUGGAAACUUAUAUUAUUAGAAUCUUUAAUGAUAUCUCCAGUAAUCUGGGUUAUUUUUUUCUUAUGGAUUUUAAAAAUGCCUCUAAGUUGUUAAUUAGCAUUUUAGUUAAUAACUUUAUUAACGAUCCCAUUAAUUAGUAUAAAAAUGUAGAAGUAGCAUAUUUCCAAACUAAUAAAAACUGAUUUUUAUGUAAGUGAAAUGAUUUACGGUUUAAUAUUUUUAAUUGGUUCUUUUUUGACUACUGUAAUCUUAGGGUAUUUUAUGUUUAAAUAUUAUGAUAUUUUGGAUUAUGAAGCAAUAAAAACAUUACAAGGAAGCAAAUUAACUUUAAUUUUGGCAUUAAUAUUAUUAGCCAUAAGCAAUCCCUUUUUAGAAGAAUUUUUUUGGAGAGUUUAUUUACCAGAAUAAUAUCUAAGACAUGAGGAGAUUAAUUAUAACGAAUAACUUAAAUGGUAUUUAGCAUUACAUUAUGCAUGUUAUCAUUUUUUUGUUAUUUAUUUUUUUACAAAGUAAUUUUUUUAUAGUUAUUGGUAUUUAUAGAUUAAUAAUUGUGUCAUUAAUUGGAUUCAUAAUAAUAACAAUUGGAGGAAGAAUCUUUUUUAUAACAAGGGAUAAACUUGGACUUUUAACAACAGCACUAUUUCAUAUGGGAGUCGAUUUAGGGAUUGUUGCAUUAGCUAUAUAUAAGAUUCCAUUAAAUGGUGAAUGAGAUAUUUUGUAUGUUUAAUGAAUAAAGAGAAG